CUCGCUCGUCCACGCUUGGGGUUGGCCGGGUUUAUCUUGCAUAUAAGCAGAUACCUGGGCUUCUCUUCCUCGGUCCUUCGGGAACUUCUGUGUCCGCACACCAGUGACUAGACUGUACGCCACGACUGCGACAACGGUGCAAGACACCUCUAGUCUUUGCCACGGCAGGCUCCCCAGUCAUGGCGCCCAUUGCUGUCACGCCGGACAACAGUUCUACCGCUAGCCCUUCCGGAGAGAGUGCCAGCGGCUUCUUUCACAUUAGCAACGGCAGUCACCAUACCAACGGACGCACCGACAGGAGCACCAACGGGAACACCAACGGGAACACUCAUGGGUACACUAACGGGCGCACAAACGGGCACACGAAUGGGGCAACCACUGGUUUCACAAACGGGGCCAACGGUGCGUCGGGGGGCUUCUCGAGCUCCCAAAAGCCGAUGCCUGUUGCCAUCGUUGGAAUGGCUUGCCGCAUGCCGGGCAAUGUGUCCACCCCAGCCGAGUUCUGGGAGCUCUGCACACGGGCUCGGUCAGGGUGGACCGACAUCCCCAAGGAAAGAUUUGAUAGCUCUCGGUUCUACCAUCCCAACGCUGGGAAGGGCGGGACCUUCAAUCCCAUUGGCGGGAACUUUCUCAAUGUUGAUCUCGCCGCCUUCGAUGCCCCGUUCUUCGGGCUCACAGAAAAGGAGGCCAUAUCGAUGGAUCCUCAGCAACGCCUUCUCCUAGAGUGCACCUUUGAAGCGCUCGAGAAUGCAGGAAUUCCGAAGCAUACCAUCGUCGGGAAGAACGUCGGCGUCUUCAUCGGUGGCUCCUUCCCCGAGUAUGAAUCACACCUCUUCCGAGAUUCUGAUACGAUCCCAAUGCAUCAGGCAACCGGCUGCGCAUAUGCGAUGCAGUCAAAUCGAAUUUCCCAUUUCUUCGACUUGCGGGGACCGAGCUUUACGUCUGAUACGGCCUGUUCGUCCAGUAUGGUCGCUGUGCAUUUAGCGUGCCAGAGCCUGAGAGCCGGGGAAACCAGUUGUGCUUUGGUUGGCGCCUGCCACCUUAACAUGCUGCCAGAGUUCUGGAUCUCCUUUUCAACUUGCAGAUUACUUUCAGACUCGGGCCGUUCUUUUGCCUUCGAUGAAAGGGGCACUGGCUUCGGUCGGGGCGAGGGUUGCGGCAUGCUUGUGCUGAAGCCGCUCGACCAGGCCAUCAGGGAUAAUGACACCAUCAGGGCGGUCAUUGUGGGGACAGGUCUAAAUCAGGAUGGAAAGACGCCUGGUAUCACCAUGCCCAACGGAGCAGCUCAGGAGGCCCUUAUGAGACAGGUCUACGAGAAGGCGGGACUCGACCCGAAUGCCUGCGGAUUCGUCGAAGCUCAUGGAACAGGCACCAGAGUGGGCGAUCCCAUCGAGGCUGCUGCCCUCCAUAAUGUGUUGGGCCAGCACAGGACAGCACGCGAUCCGUUGUGGAUAGGCUCUGUCAAGUCCAACAUUGGCCACCUCGAGGGCGCAUCAGGGAUCGCUGCUAUCAUCAAGGCGGCCAUGAUGCUGGAGCGGGGUUUCAUCCUUCCCAACUAUGACUUCAAGCAGCCAAACCAGAAGAUUCCCUGGAAAGAAUGGAACCUCAAGGUGCCCGUCGCUCAAAGACCAUGGCCGAGGGGUAAGAAGUACAUUAGCGUCAACAACUUUGGCUUCGGUGGGACGAAUGGGCACGUGGUCCUGGAGGCCGCGCCCUUCCGGGGCCAGAAGCAAUCGCCCGCCGCUGGCGAUGACACUCCGGAGAAGGCGGGUCAAGGACGGAAGCUCUAUGUUGUCACGGCCAAUGACAAGGCGACGCUCGCGCAGGUGAUGAAGAACAUCGUCAUCUACCUAGAGCAGCGUCCAGAGAUCUUCCAGAAGGAUCUUACCGCCAACCUCGCAUAUACCUUGGGCCAGCGUCGAUCCAUUCUGCCAUGGAGAGCUGCCAUUCCAGCCUUGAACUCCUUCGAGCUCAUCGAGGCGAUCAACGGCGAGAAGUAUACACCCGUGAAGGAGACCGAACCCUUGAGAAUCGGCUUUAUUCUUACCGGACAAGGCGCACAGUGGUAUGCCAUGGGGAGAGAGCUCUACGAGCAAUACUCGACCUUUACCAGCAGCAUAGAGCGAGCCGACCAAUGCUUGGCCGAGAAUGGUGCUAACUGGUCUCUCGUCGAGGAACUGGGCAGAGACGCAAAGUCCAGCAGGAUUAGCGAAGCCCAUAUCAGCCAGCCAUCAUGCACGGCUGUUCAGCUAGCGCUCAUUGACCUUUUGCGGUCCUGGGGGAUCCGUCCCACCGCUGUUGCUGGUCAUUCAAGUGGCGAGAUUGCUGCUGCCUAUGCCGCGGAGAUCAUUGACUUUGAUUCCGCAAUGACCAUUGCGUAUCAUCGCGGCCGGCUUAUUCCGAUUCUCAAACAAAAGCACCCCGAGCUCAGGGGCCGCAUGGUGGCUGUCGGCGGAAGCAAGGAAGAAUUCCUGCCCAUCCUCGACAGUCUCCAAGAGAAGGAAGCCCGGAUUGCUUGCUACAACAGCUCUUCGAGCCUGACCAUCUCCGGAGACGAGCCUGCCAUUGCUGAGCUCGAGAAGAUCUGCGAGGAGAAAGGGGUCUUCAACAGGCGGCUUGUGGUUGACGUUGCGUAUCACUCGCAUCACAUGAACCUGGUGGCCAAAGAAUACCGAGCGUCGCUUGCUAACCUCCGGCCUCCGGUUCCUACGGACAUCAGGUUCCAUUCGUCGCUGUAUGGACACCUCGUCGAUGGGACCCAACUGCAACCCAGCUACUGGGUGGACAACCUGACAUGCGCCGUGAGGUUCUCGGAAGCGCUGCGGAGCAUGCUCGAGCCGACGGGGGAGCACAAGCACGGAGUAAACAUGCUGGUGGAACUCGGACCCCAUUCUGGGCUCCAGGGGCCUAUUAAGCAGGUCUUGAAGAGCAUUGGCGGCAAUGCCCCCAAGAUACCGUACGCAUCCGCUCUGGUUCGAAAACGGGAUGCCGUCGAGACAGCACUGGAGCUCGCUGCGAACCUUUUCGCAAGGGGGGCGAACCUCGAUUUUGGUGCCAUCAACUUCCCGAAAUUGCCAACCAAACCACCAACGCUGCUGACCGACCUGCCGCGAUACCCCUGGAAUUACUCGUCCAAGUACUGGCAAGAAUCCCGCUUGACGAAAACGCACAAGCAUGCUCUUGGGGGGCGAAGCGACAUUCUCGGAACCCUGGCCAACUACUCCAACGGUCUGGAACCGACAUGGCGCAACAUUGUCCGCCUGGACGAUCUUCCAUGGUUGAGACACCAUAAGAUCCAAUCAUUGACGGUCUUCCCCAUGGCUGGAUUCAUUACAAUGGCCCUCGAGGCCGCCGUGGGAAGAGCGGUCUCGAAGGACAGCUUGUUCGACAAGCUCGAGCUAAAGGAGGUCUCUAUCACGAAGCCACUUGUCCUCGCGGACAGGGACACAGAGAUGACCAUCACCCUUCGGCCACAUCAAGACGGCAGCCUUACGUCUUCCGAUAUCUGGGAUGAGUUCCGAAUCUGCUCAUGGUCGCUGGAGCAGGGCUGGACGGAACACUGUGUUGGUUUGGUCGCUGCACUGAAGGCGGAUGACAACGAUGUAGACAGCGACAGGCAAACCCGCGAUAGUGAGGCUCGUCUCCGGUCUGCCCUGUCCGGCACUGGCAAACCUGAAGCUGUCUCGGUUGACCCCGGAGUCAUGUAUGACGAUCUCUCGGAACUGGGUGUCGCAUAUGGGUCCCUGUUUCAGGGAGUGACCAGCUGCAAGGCAUCCGACUCCCAAGCAGUAGGGAAUAUUGCGGUGCCAGAUGUCGCAAGGGAGAUGCCAAAUGGCUACCUGGCGGAAGCGUUGCUCCAACCAGCCUUCCUGGAAUCACUCAUCGCGAUGUACUGGCCCAUCGUUGGAGCCGGCCGUCGUGCCCUCAACACCAUCUAUCUACCUUCCUCUGUUGACCGGGUUACCGUCUCACUUAGCGUCGAGCGGUUUGUGAAGGAGCCUGGCAGCACAGUCCGCGCUGUUUGCGAAGGCGAGAUCGGCGCAGGCGUCCCCAAGCCAACCAAGCUCAGCAUGGCGGCUGUUGUAGGUGACGACAGGCUCGAGACGAUCAUAGCUCUUGACGGCCUCACGGUCUCGCCGAUACUUGAUGGGGAGAGCCAGACGGAUAUCAAUGCUCCAAGAGAUCUCUGUUACAGACUGGAAUGGGAUCCGAUCCUGCAAACCGACGAUCGGAGCCAGCACUUGCCAGGGGACACGGAAAUUGUUAUUAUCCACGAGGACUCAAACUUCCAGAGCCUGGUGGCGAUGGGCUUGGCAAACUCGCUGGAGCAAGCCACGGGAAGACUGCCUGAUUUCGGCUCUCUGGAAACUGUCGAUGGCACGGGAAAGAUCUGCGUCUUUUUGACCGAGUUGCACCAGUCAUUCCUUGCCACAAUCACGCCUCAUCAGUUUGAUUGCUUGCGGAAGCUGCUGACAUCUGCCGAGGGGGUACUAUGGGUCGUUCGCGGAGCGUACGAGAAGUCCGCGAACCCGGAGGCCAAUAUGGUCACCGGCCUGAGCAGAACCAUCCGAUCAGAAACCGCCAUGAAGUUUGCAACGCUCGACCUUGACGCCGAGUCAUCGCUCUCUGAGCUUGAUACGGCAGACGCCAUCAUGAGAGUGUUCCGGUCUGUGUUCAGCUCCGGUUCGCCGGCGGCUGGAGAGUUGGAGUUCAUGGAGAGGCGCGGGUCCUUCUUCACGCCCCGAAUUGUUCAUGACCCUGAUAUGAACGAGUAUGUACACAAGCAGACAAACCCGUCGGUUCUUGAGCCUACACCUUUUGGAGAAGAUGGGCGAGCUCUAAGGAUGGAGAUUCUGACACCCGGUGCUUUGGAUACCCUUCACUUCGUCGACGACCCGGCUAUGGAGCAACCGCUAGAGGCCGACGAAGUCGAAAUCGAGGCCAGGGCGGUUGGGCUGAACUUCAAAGAUGGCAUGGCUGCAAAAGGUCUGAUUCCUCUUGCCAGCUGCGGCAUCGAGGCAAGCGGGGUGGUGAUAGCCGUGGGAAGCAAGGUGGCGGGCUUCCGAAUCGGCGAUCGAGUAGCGGCGCUGACUCACGGCGCAUUUGCAACACGGACUAGGACAAAGGCAGCCUUUGCUUUCAAACUCCCAGGUGACAUCGGGUUUGAAGACGCCGCUAGCCUACCGCUCGCGUAUGCAACGGCGUACUACAGCUUGGUUGAGCUUGGGCGACUUGGCGAGGGCGAGACGGUGCUCAUUCACUCGGCCGCUGGUGCUGUUGGCCAGGCUGGUAUCUGUCUUGCGCAGAUGGUCGGCGCCGAGGUCUAUGCGACUGUCGGGAGUGCCGAGAAAAAAGAGCUGCUGAUGAAGGAGUUCGGCCUCCCGGAGCAUCACGUCUUCUACAGCCGCAGCAGCUCGUUUGGCGAUGCCGUGGGCCGAGCUACACAAGGACGAGGGGUGGACGUCAUCCUAAAUUCUCUCACCGGGGACGGUUUGCGCGAGUCUUGGAGAUGCCUGAAUAAAUUCGGCCGCUUUAUUGAGAUUGGGAAGCGGAAGCCCGGCUCAAAAAUGCGCCUCGAAGUUGACAACAUCGACAGCAACUCUAGCUUCCUCUCCGUUGACAUUCUCACCCUUAUAGCCGAGAAACCGAAGGUCGUCAAGCGCCUGCUUGCAAAUGUUGCGCAACUCAUAAAAUACGGGAAAAUAAGGCCUGCGAGUCCCAUUACAACCUUCCCGAUCUCGGACGUGGAGACAGCUUUAAAAGCUCAGCAGGCCGGGAAGGCCCCAGGAAAGCUUGUUGUUGUGCCUAGCGCGACUGACAUUGUCAAGGCCGCACGUUCCAAGAAGGUGAAGCCUCUCCUCCGCCCUGACGCAACCUAUAUCCUGGUUGGCGGCACUGGCGGACUCGGCCGGAGUAUGACUCGAUGGAUGGUGACCAAGGGGGCCAGGAACAUCGUCUUGUUGUCUAGAAAUGGCUCCGUGACGGGCAGGGUGAAGGAGCUCGUUGACGAGCUCGGUGCCCUGGGUGCCAACAUCGUCGUUCGCCGCUGCAAUGUGGUGAACAGGGCCGAAGUGGACGAGUUGGUAAACAGUGGGCUCAAAGAUCUCCCCCCCAUCAGUGGCGUAGUGCACGGCACCAUGGUGCUCAGGGACGUUCUUUUCGAAAAUAUGACGUGGGAGGAGUAUACUCAGGUCAUCGAGGGCAAGGUUCAAGGUGGAUGGAACUUGCACCACGCGCUGGCCAACGAACCGCUUGACUUCUUCGUGGCCAUUUCGUCCGCUGCGGGAGCUGUCGGCAACCGCGGCCAGGCGGCCUACAGCGCAGCGAACUGCUUCCUCAACGCCCUAGUGCAGCACCGCCUCGCCCAGGGUCUGCCCGCCUCAUCGCUUGACCUGACGGCCGUUUCUGACUCGGGCUACCUGGCCGAGGAUCUCGAAAAGGCCGCUGAGGUUGCGAGGAAUCUCGGGAGUGACAGCAUCUGCGAGAGCGAAGUGCUUGCGCUGCUCAAUGCUGCCAUCGACGGCACCAUGGGCUCGACUUGCAACAACCACACCAUCACCGGCAUGCGCAUCACGGCUACCAUGCGACCUUUCUGGACUGAGGAUGCCAAGUUCAAGGCCAUGCGCAUCGCGGCCGAGGAGGCGGCGGCGAAGGAUGCGGCACUCAACACCGUCGUGUCGUUCGGCGCUGCGCUUAAGGCAGCCAAGACACGGGCCGAGGCGGAAGAUGUCGUCUGCCGCGGGCUCGCCGACAAGAUCUCGUCUGUCUUGAUGAUGGAUGCCGAAGAGAUGGAUGUCACGAGGUCGCUGUCGCACUACCCGCUUGACUCGCUGGUGGCGAUCGAGAUCCGCAACUUCAUCACCAGAGAGUUCGAGGCGAACUUGCAGGUGUUGGAGUUGUUGUCGAGUGGGUCGAUCCAGACUCUGGCGAAGGGGGUGUGUGCGAAGAGCAAGCUUGUUCCUGCGUCUCUAUGUUAGAUCCGUCGUCUGCUUGGUUUUCUAUUUUCCGUGCAUCACUGCGAGAUACCUGCGUUUUUUGGCCUCAGUUCAUUUUGC